AUUGCUCACAAUUGUCUGAUAUUGAAAAGGUAAAGAGUAAGGUGAAGGUAGUUAUUAGAACACAAGGUUGAAAUAUCGACGAAGUACAAUCAGCCCUGAAGUGUUUACUGUUCCUUGGAUCCUGUAUUUAACAAAUAGAUAAGAUUUUGCCGUUGUCUGUUCAGUUAUAGAUACACAGUAUGACGUCAUAAUAUGGGAAGAAUAAAAAAGUGCCAUGAGCCGCCGAGGCGAGAUUAUGAUAUCAUACUGUGUAUCUAAAACUGAACAGACAACGGCAAAAUCUUAUCUAUUUGUUUUAAAUAAUAAAAAGAAAAACCCCAAAUUAGACAGGUAAAUAAAAUUUUUAUCCACCCAAACAUUUGGAAAUUUGAAAAAGUCGACAUUUUAAAAAUAUCACGCGUACAUGAUCUAUACAAUAAGGGAACUGUUACGUCACUUGUGACGUAAUUCCGUGCGUCUGUCCUUUAAUAGAUCAUGGCUCUCUCCCAAUGAAAGCGCUUGAAUUCUUAACGUUAUUAUAUAAUUUCCUUUUUGAAGUCUUCCUCAAAAAUGCGCAAAAACAAUGGAAAAUUUGACCAUAUAUUACUCCGACCAUUAUGUAUGUAACAAUACUCAACAGAGUAUUGGGCUCUUGCAAGUGACGUCAAGACACGUAUUUGUUGACGUCGGCCUUUUUUGGGGGAAAAUUAAAAAUAGUUGAUUAAAAGCAAACAUGGCGCCAAAGCAAGACUGGCACUAACUGCGGCUGUUGCUUUUGUUUGAGCACUUUGAAGUGUUAUAAUGGUUCACAGCUGUGUAGUAGUCGGUUGAAUAAAAGAUUUUUGCCACCCAAAAUGGCGGAUUAUUUUUGAUGAUACAUACUGCAAGACCUGAAUACUUGACUGUAUUUAUGGUACAUAUUGAUAUUAUAAUGAUUCCUUGAAAUCUCCCAUAAGGUAUGUUCCUUUAACUUCUUGCUAAGGCACAUGUUCCCCAGGAUCCCGAGAUCCAACUUUUUUCAGGCAAUAUAUAAGUCAUUUUCUAAGUUACAGUAUAUGCAAAAAUCUGAACCGUUGAUCAUCGUCACUUUUGUGUUGUACUUUCGGCCAACUAACCAAUAAUAAGGAUUCGGAUUGGUCAGAAUUGACUAACUAUAUAAAGACUAUUUUUUCAUAAAGCUAGACUAACAAAGAUAAAUAAAUAAAGUUUCAGUGUGCUAUCAUCGAGUCUCCAUACCUUGAAUUAUUUUGAAUUAUAUUAUCGACCACCAAAGUUUGAUUUGCAAAUAACUGGUCAUUCUGUACUAUAUAGAUAUUCUGAAGCAUGUGAGUUCUUUGGGCAACUCCUUGCACAGUUGAAUAACAAACCUGUUGAUUUGCAAGAGGUAAUAGCUUGUGCACUUUAUAAGUGUCUCGUUAUUUAGUCUUUCUCACUAACAUCCUGUAUUUCUUUUAGUGUAGAAUUACAAGUAUACCUACAUUGCAUAAGGAAUUUGCUGAAGCUUUGUUCAAUUGUGACAGAUGGGACGAUUGUCUUGUUGUCUGUGAAAAAAUUCUGAAGCAAGAAACUGGUAACGACAUUUUAAAAUACUUAUGCUGCUAUGUGCAUGGGGGAGGCAUAGUGGAUAUAUGCACCUGUCUUUCACUUCUGCAUGCGACAACGGUAUGAUUCCCUGCGGUACGAAAUUGUGUGGUUAUAUAUUCGCCUAGCAGUCACAUGUGAGAAGGGUGUUUCCCGUUUGAUUAUACCAAACAUUUUUUCAGGGUACUUCUGGUUUUUUUUGGACAGACCGUUGCUCAGAUAGUGGCAUUCAUAAGAUAAUGCUUGUUUUAUUUAGUAUCAAACACAUUAUCUAAGACCUUGUUCUCACAAGAUAAAGCAAAGUUAGAUACUGGAAAGACUUUAAUCGAUAUUAUGUUAUGCAAAGCAGUGGUGUUAAAAGAACUACAAAGACCAAUUGAAGCUAAUGAAUGCUAUGAGAGGUAUACGUUUCUUUUCUCUACUUACCACAUUGUCCUUUCACCGAAUGUGUGUCAUUUUUUUCUUUCUUAGUAUUCUUGAUGCGAUAAAUAACAACUAUAGUGAGAGCUCUGGAGAGCAAACUAAUUUGGAUGAACCACAACAGAAAAAACAAAAACGAGAAAAGGGUAAGAGUUUUUAGGAACAAUUCAUAAUUUUAUUAAUACUAUUUAUGUCUGUGCAAAACCCUGAAAUGUGAUUGAUCUGUUUCAACGAUGUUAGUAGUAUAUAUAGAUCCUAUUGAUCCUGUAGUUUAAUCUACACUAUUAUACAGGUCCAACAGAACAACAUCUUGAAAAUUAUAUAGAAAUGCAAAAGUUUAAGGUAGAGUACAACGAGUCGUUUCCUUUUACACCGUCUAUUUUGAAAACUAAUCCGUCUUUGUAUGUAUAUUUAGCAAAGAGGUCGAGACAUGUAGUACUUUGUAUUACGCUCACCAUGAAUUACAGCAAAUUUUUCUUUAAUUUUUCGUUCAUCUUACAUGGGUAUUAUUUUACAUAUUUUCAGGCAUUAACAUUAAACAAACAAAGUUUGUUACUUUCGUCUUUGGGAAGAAAAAAAGAGGCGCUACUGUUGCUAACACAAAGCAUCAGUUGUGAACCAGGUGAGCUGUAUUUUUAAUGAAUGAACUUUAAUUUGACUUUAUUUUAUACUGGAUGUUCUAUAAUUCAUAACUGCAUGAAGUUCUCUUAAUUAAGCUACGUUUACACACAACGAUUAAUCGAGCUGAUUUUAGGUUUUGCCGAAUGUUAAUGACGAAUGUUGUCAGUUGACAAUGUCGUCAGAUGACGUUGACAGUGUAUUUUUCAAAUAUCAUUUAAUUAAAGUUGAAUCGGCCCGAUUAUUAUCGUUGUGUGUAAACGUACCUUUAGGAGAUCCAAUAGCGGUCGCCCUAAAUUUGUCCAUUGUGUCUACAGAAAUAAAUUGGAAUAUCCGAGGUGACCAAAAGGUGUAGACCAGAGGUACUCUUUUUUCCUAAUAAACCGUGUGCAUAAUGACGUCACAAGGCGUGAUUCGCGCGGGGAAUUCUGGUCUUAGUAGUCACGGCGGGAAAACAAUCCAACAUGGCCACUCUUGUAGGCGAGUGUACUGCUGUUUUUUGUCGUUCUUUUAAGGCUGUUCAAGCCAAUGAAGACCCUAGAUCUUUUCAAACUCUUGCAUGGGUCUUCAGAGGUUUGGCAGUCCUGAAAGUAACGGUAACAGUCUGCUUUCAUCGACCAGUAAGAGCAAAAGAAGUGGUGGUUUUAUGUGUUGUUUUCCUGGUUGUUUUACCAACAAUAAGAGAAAUCUCCCACAUACACUCUGUUAUCCCCGAGCCAACGGCGCAGAGCCCGGGGCGAGGGUACUAAUCCCCCCCGGCUAUUUACACCCGGGGAAACGAAAGCAUUAGCAGGCAUUAGCGAAGUCUAAGGUUCAUCAAUGAUCGCGGGCGUGGGUGACCAACGAUGGGUGGUCAUCCUCACUGAUCUCAAAAAUAUGGCGGAUAAUCAAAUCAUGAAUAGCGAACACUGAUUGGUCAAAUUUAAAAUUUGCAUUAUAACGACUGCAUGACGACAUCGAAAUAGCAAACAUUUCUUGAUUUGAUGAUUUCGAGCAAAUAUAUUUCAUUUUUGCAAGAUUUUGUGAAUUUCAAAAGCUUUUUAAGAAAAAAGGGCGAAAGAAUGGGCUAAAAUAAGGGAGCAAAGGCGCCGACAUUAACGAAGGUAAGUUUGUUUUAAAUAUUAAUGUAUUGUUUGCUUUAUAAUUACCUUAAAAGCCGAUCGUAUAAACGUUGCGUAUAAAGGAGACAAGACGGCAUAUAAUUUCAGUGUAUACGUAUACUUUAUUGACUACCCUUUUUUAGUAUAUUAAAUAUUUUAAACAAAAAAGAAAGCAAAGUUAUUUGCAUGCGAGAAUUUGAAAUCAUUUUAUUUCAAACUCAAAGUUUAUCCGAUAAAGCCAAAAGGCAGUUUAGUUUUAGAAAAACACUUUAAAGCGUUUUGUGAAGCGUUUGUGGUUGAAUUUUACCUUAAAUUGAAGCUUAUAUUACGUAUAAUAACAUACCUAACAGAAAUAUGUUUGGGAAAUUUGUAAUUAAAGUGAUAUUUUUAGGGGAUUUUUCAUUUGUAAAAAUAUUCUUAAAAAAUUAUCGUGUUACCAUGACAACUACUUUAAAUACUUCAUGUUCGGAGAAUACAAUGGUUUUGUCAGAAGGCGAGGGUUUCUGCAUGCAUGUAUUUUCUGGUAUAUUAAGGAGUUAUAUUCUGCCUACGACAGUGGCCAUGUUGGAUUCUUUUCCCGCCGUGACUACAAGACGAGAAUUCCCCGCCCGCACCAUGUCUGAUGUUAUUAUGCAUAAGGACCGCUGUAUGUAUAUUACAGAAACCAAUUGCAAUCAGACAGUUGUAUGUGUAUUACAGAAACCCAUGCAAAUCUGGUCACAGACAUUAGGCGUGCACAUUCACUAACAACUGUAUGUGCCACUAACACAAUCGUAUGCAAUACACUGGCGUCUAUAUUUUGAAACCGUUUGAAGAAGAAUGAAAGAAAUUGCGGCACUUAAGCAAUAGUCCUUCGUCAAUCCCCAACCUUAGUUUCAAUCUUUAUCAUAUAUUUCAACAUACACUGUAAAUGCAAAAGUUUGAAACCUUUUUCCAAGUGUGUUUAUGAUCUUCCAGAUUGUUUGAAAUACCGUUUUAACCACACAAAACUGUUAUUUGACAUGGGAAUGGACGAUGUGGCGCGCAAAGACUGGUUGAAAUUUCGCAGGAUUGACCAGACUACAAGUUCAAGCGAUAGCAAGGAGAAUUUUAAACUAAAGUAAGAUCAUCCGUGAAUAAUCUAUAUGAACUUGUUAAGCACCAUUGAUCUUAGAGCUUAGUGUGGAUCAGGCUUCUAAUUUCUAAAGUGCCACUAAUCCCAAAUGUGAUGAAGAAAUGUAAUAUAUCUUUAUAGUAAAAAACUCGUCUUGGUCAAUUUUUUUACUGUUUAAGUUUCAGGAUGUUAUUUCAUAUUAUAUAUUAGAAAAUUAAUUUGCAAUUUAUUUAUGACAUUAUUUCCGGAAAAUUUAUGCUGAAAAAGUUGCUCAAGAUGUGAUUUUUUGCUAUAAAGAUAUAUUUUUACAUUUUUUGGAAUAACCCGAAUAUUGCCCAUACAAAAGAUUAUAUUUGGCGUUUAGUCACACUUAGAGUACUGCACUUAGAUCACCACUGUUCCACCAACGCAUCUUGGAUUGCCGUGUUGAAUCAAUGUCCAGGAGUUCUUUUAAAUAUGUCAAAAUUUAUUUUCAUUUUCACUUUUUCUAUAGAGACUUGCCGGAAGAUGACGAAGACCGUGAUCUCUAUUUACAAAUGGAUUCACUUGCGUUGUCCAGGUUAAGCGCGAAAUCUUAG